AUGGCAGCACCCAGGGUCGCAGUGGUUGGUGCGGGAGUCAUCGGCCUGUCCACAGCACUGUGCAUCACAGAGACCUGCCCCAGCUGCUCCGUGACCAUCCUUUCAGAGCAGUUCAGCCCCAACACAACGAGUGACGUCGCAGCUGGGAUGCUCAUCCCUCACACCUACCCAGGCACACCCACCCAUGUGCAGAAGCAAUGGUUCAAAGAGACCUUCACUUACCUUUUUGCCAUCAGCAACUCACCAGAGGCGUCAGAGGCUGGCAUUCACCUGGUCUCUGGGUGGCAGGUCUUUAAAAACACUCCCAAGGAAGAGUUACCUUUCUGGUCAGAUGUUGUCCUGGGAUUUCGACCAAUGUCCGAAGCAGAACUCCAAAAGUUUCCGCAGCACCGAUUUGGUCAGGCCUUUACGACGCUGAAAUGUGACUGUCCACCCUACCUGCUGUGGCUGGAGAAAAG